AUGGAGCAGAGAAUCUCUGAAGCCUUGAGGCAUCGCUACAAGUCGCUACCAGUAUCUUUCAGAAAGAUGGAUGCUGACGGCGACGGAUACAUCUCAAAGAGUGAAUUGAAACAGGUGAUUGAAGAGAAGCUGGAUAUCAAGAUUCCAAACAGGAUGUUUGAGGAGGUUUUCAGACGCAUGGAUACCAAGGGUGAUGGGAGUAUCGACUAUCAAGAGUUUCUCGAGCAUUUCCAUUCGGCAGCAGAGAUCAAAGUUGAUCUGUUGCUGAACAUAUAUGGGUCCACGGCUGAAGCCUUCAGAGAGCUGAAUGUCGGUGGAAACGGGAGAGUCACUCGAGAUGAGCUGUUCGAAGGUCUUCGGAGAGUUGGAGCGAGGAUGAGUCUGAGGCGGAUAGAUCAAAUCAUAUCUGAGAUUACCAACGAUCAAGGCAAAUUCAUGAAUUACAAGCAUUUUCUCAAGGCGAUG